GCGUCGGAAUUUCUGUACCGCCACAAAGGAUUUCUACGGCAGUCAGUUACAUCCUAUAAAAAGUUAUUUUUUAUUACUUUCAGGAAACGGUCCUGUCCUUCGGGCAAGCUUUCUCUUUUUCCCUUUGCCCCUGCACCCCUUGUAACAUGCUUGGAGCUCCCACCACCGUAACAUACCAUCACUGCUGCCUCUUUCUCUCCCUUCUUCCCUUUUAUCUUUUUAGGGUUUCUUCCCUUUUUGAUCCACUCUCCGGCCCGAUCACUCGCCGGAAUGGUCACCGGCGUGGGCAACCGCCAGGAGGAGGACGGUAAUAAGACUGCCGCGACCCUCCCCAAGCCCCCCGGCGGGGCCCUCUCGUCGUGGGGCACGCCGGCGUUCUCCGGCGGGCAAUCGGCGUCCACGAGCGGGAGCGCCGGGUCCCCCUCGAGCCGGAGCGAGCCGACGGCGGCAACGCCCGCGAGCGAGAGCACCUUCGUGAGGCUGAACCAUCUGGACAUCCAUGGGGACGAUGCCGGCUCCUCCCAAGGGGCCGUGAGUGGCAAGAAGAAAAAGAGAGGAGCACGGACGGUUGGAGGUGAUAAAAGUGGGAGGGGACUCCGCCAAUUCAGCAUGAAAGUCUGUGAGAAAGUGGAAAGCAAAGGAAGAACCACUUACAAUGAGGUUGCAGAUGAACUUGUAGCUGAAUUUGCAGAUCCCAAUAAUAAUCUGGCAUCUCCAGAUCAGCAACAGCAACAGUAUGAUGAGAAGAACAUACGGCGGAGGGUGUAUGAUGCCCUGAAUGUUCUUAUGGCGAUGGACAUUAUUUCUAAAGAUAAAAAGGAAAUACAGUGGAAAGGCUUACCUCGAACUAGUCUAAAUGAUAUUGAAGAGUUAAAGGCAGAGCGUAUUGGCUUAAAAAGUAGGAUUGAAAAGAAAGCUGCAUAUUUGCAUGAAUUACAAGAUCAAUUUGUAGGUUUGCAGAACUUGAUACAACGGAAUGAGCAAUUAUAUAAAUCUGGAAUUGCUCCUUCAGGCGGAGUGGCUUUACCUUUUAUCUUGGUUAAGACUCGUCCACAUGCAACUGUAGAGGUGGAAAUAUCAGAAGACAUGCAGUUGGUGCAUUUCGACUUCAACAGCACUCCUUUUGAGUUGCACGAUGACUCAUUUGUUCUGAAAGAAAUGAGAUUCUGUGAAAGAGCACAGAAGGAUGGUGCCCAUGAUUCCAGUUCCAAUGGGGGUGAGUCCUCCAGCACGCUGAGUAUGUAUCAGCAUCACGUGCAUCAACCUGUGAGGCCCAAUUCUACACAUAAGCUGCCCACUUCACCUCCUAUUCCUGGAAUUCUAAAGGCACGUGUGAAGCAGGAACACUAGUCUGUAAUUUUCAACAUGUUUGUCUUGUGUGGGCUACCUGUCCUAUUCCUGCCCCCGUGCUCUCCAUAAUUUUUUUUUUUAAAUCUUUGUAAAGUGCAUGUAAUUAGUGGAUAAGUGGGGGAAAUCGGCAAGACUUUGCUUUUCUUGCUUUCCUUUAUAACUAGUUGGAAGGAUCAAGAUCACCAGUGUCGCAUUGCUUCCCUGAGGUGCUCCUUGGUGUGCUAAACUGGCAAUUCACUGGUUUAGAGAUUGUUGUUGUAAUGUAAUUGUGUAUUUUAUUUUUUUAUACUGAUACUAUAGUGGUGGUGAGGAUUUUUGUGAAAGUCAAGGUCACUAGGUUUUAUUUGAGGGCAUGUUUGAGUGACUUCCGUUCUAAUCUUUUGAUCCAGAGAAGUCCUCAUCUCAUUCCAAUUUCAAAAGAAAAUUUCUAAUUUUUAUUUUCUUCUGGUAUUAAAUUUUAUUCUCAUUUUGAUUCUGGUUU